ACCAGGUUCCCUUGAGCCUAGGGAUAGGAAGUCGAAGUCGCCCGAUCACUACACCUCAAAGGAUGAUUGACUGAUAUUCGGUGUGAUGUAAUUUCUCGACUCCAUCUCAAUUCGCCAGCCUCACUUCACUAUGUCGGUCCACGACAACCAGGCUGGCGGCGGUCUGCCGGUCGUCAUCGAGUAUCCCCGCCGUGAAGAUGGCGUCAACUACACGCCACUGGCUGUUCCAUGUGCCCGAUGCGCUCUUCGAUUGACCGAAUUCAACUACAGUCCUGACAAGGAGGGCGAAAUUAAGAUCCCGGUGUGUGAGAGAAACAACAGCGGUUCCGGUGAAUGUACUUCCUGUCAACAACUUGGCGGACCAUGUGUCCAGAUCCCACCUGCGUAUCGCGGCUCGGUGCUACAUCUCCGUCUUUGUGUUGAUCGACAUCGGGCCGAGAGUCCGGACAGCCUUUCUGGCGAACUAGAGCGACUGAAAGGGGAAGCGCGAAAGGCUGCCCUCGAGAGCCAAAGGCGCGAGGAACAGCUCUCCUCGUGGAGGCGAAAGCGGGAAGAACGACAAGCCAUUCAGAGUCGAGGACGCGGAGGCGGGGAGGCCCUCCAGAGGGCCCCCAAAAGACCCAUUGACGUUAUUGAGUCACCACUCGGUGUCACGGACGAAGGUGACGAGGUGGCUAUCCGCCGACUAGCGGUUGCCGAGCGGCAGGCCAGUGCAUUAGAAGAGAUCGCGUCUACAUUAAGGGCUAUUCGAGCCGAGUUUGCCGCGAGCCGUCGCGCUAUUGGCCAAGUCGCCACUGCGAUUAGUGGUUUGAGCGGGGUUAUUGGGCAUCCUCAGGACCAAUUGGAGGACACGACGGCCCAAGAGACGGAGAAUGGGCAUUGA